GAACAAAAUUCCAGCCACCCUGAUUCUAGCUAUGAGUUGCAUAAUUACCUUCGGUUAAAAAUAGAAAUGAUGUGCCGAGCGUGACAACCGGAAGUUGAUGGAAAUUGCCACGUCGAUAAAAUUUGCGUUGUUCUGCGCGCAGCUAAAACAUUACAAAACAAAAUAAAACUCUUUAUUUCCUGCAUUAGGCAGCAGGAACCGUCCAUCUUCGCUUUAAACUUAGUGAAAACCAUCGCAGAAGGAAAGUUCAGAGCAACAGAGAGAAAAAACAUGCGAGUUAAAUCCAACGAGUCGGCACAAAAUUUGAUUUCCGGUUUGAGUACGGACAGCGAGAGUUUUUACGAGGCAGCGACAUAUCCAAUCAAAUUUUUGCUCAAGCUUUACCAAACUACAAUUAUGGAACGAGAAAUGCAGGAAAUUACUGUACAACCAUCAAAGGCCCGGGCUGAUGUUGGCAAAAGAAUCAUCGUUAGGGAACUGUCUUCUUCGGAAUUUGGUUUCCAAGAGCUACCGGUUAACUUGCAACUUAAAAUAUUCUCAUACUUGGAUGCAAAAUCAGUUUGCACAGCUGCAUUAGCAUGCCAUUACUGGAGCAUGCUCAGUGACGACAAGGUGUUAUGGAUGAACUUGAUGCAGCGUGAUAUGCACAAGUGGAGCACUAUGGGAUAUAAGUCCUGCCCAUCCACAUACAUGGAGGCCAGAUCUGAUUUGACUUUGAAACAAAUAUACUUGCGAUGCUGUCCUGCAUGCAGAUCUUUAAGAAGAACCAGAGAAUCCUUUAAGUCGAUUGUCUUUUACAACUUACAGAACCUGUCUUCAUUUUUCAAAAGAAAAUCACCCCGGUUGGUUAUGUUUGGUCCUGGUUUAGAAUCUGAUACUAAAGGUCUUGUGCGUCAGCUACUCUGGGACUCAACAUCACCAUUUGAAGUGACUGGCAUGUUUCCUGGACAAUUUGAUGGUAUUUACAGAUUAUUUUUUAUCUAUUUCAGGAAAGAGAGAGAAGCUAAUGCACAGCUUGGCAAGCAGAGAUUCAGCAAACUGUUAGCUCCUGCAGGAGGUGCACAUAAUGAUAAUGAUGAUGAUAAUGAGGAGGAAAAUGAGUCUCAUCAAAGUGAGAUUGAUUUGAGCCAUCCCGUCAAAGAACUCUGCAAAACUGUUGAUGCUUUUAUCUAUGUUGUUGAUUCUUCAGCGGACUCUCAAAGAGUAAAUCUAGGAGACACAGAACUGUCCGCCAUGAUGAAUGAGAACUGGACACAAGCCAAGGCCCCUCUUCUAGUACUGUCUUGUGUUUCAACAGCAACAACAUCCUCUUUGUCCUGCGUAACUGUUGUAGAGCUUCUACAGCUUAGAAGACUUAACAGACCAUGGCAGGUCAAUUCAGCUUGUGUUGAAAAUCUGGAUGGAGUCCUGUCUGGUAUUAAAUGGUUGCUCAGUUUAUCAAGUUGAAAGCUCUGCAUAUUAUACAGGAACAGUGGUUAAAAAAUUGAUAUAUUGUACAUACAUACUGGACCUACUAUGGAGUAAAGCUGAUGUGCCUGCCUACUAGCACAAAAAGUUAUGUUAAAACGAUGAUGAUGAUGAUGAUGAUGAUGAUGAUGAUGAGGGAGAUGAUGCUAUGUGAAGAACUCACAAACGUUUUUUAGAACAAAUAUAUUUUACAUUAAAAUGUUACAUUGUAGUGUAAAUAAAAUUGAAGUAAAAAAAAAUCAUUUGUUUCAUGUUUCUCUCCUGAAGUGUUAGCUGCAGAAGGUGUUUCGUGUCCUCCUAGAUUAUUUGUGCCAUUUUAUUGUAGCCCUCCUCUGUAACAUGUAACUCGUCUCUCCAAAUGUAGUGGGCCUGGCACGAGUUGGCUCAGCAAGUCAGUAGAUAGUAUGUGGCAGCACGAAGGAGCUGUUGUCACAUGACCUCAGUCUGCCAUUGCACUCACUUAUAGUACCUGCACACAUUUUAUGGAAAAAGACAUGCUUAGAAUAUUCGCUUUGAAUACUAAUAUACUUGACAAAAGCUGACCUGACAGUUCUUCUAGAUUGGUUUUAGGAAAAUGAGAUCCACCAUCUUAAAGAGGCUUCGUCACAGCUUGAGCAUCUUGAAAAGUUUAGCCUAAAUUUUUCAAGUUCGUCGUUUGCAAUCCUUGUUAUUUUCUUCUUCAUCUUUAACAAUCCUUGUUCUAGUGAACUACUCUUUUCAGGUUUCCUUCAAGCUAAAAAACAUUUUGUACGAGGUCAAGACAACUCAAAAUGGCGUGAUUGAGCUCCUUUGCCUCCUGGAGUAUCUUCAAAACAUUCACCAAGUUGUCCAUAUUGUUUUGUUCGUAAUCCAUGUUAAUCUUCCUGAGUCUUAGCCAUCCUUGUUUAUAAAAGUGGCAUGCAAUAGGCGAGAACUUGCUGAUGAGAAGAGCUCGGAUUCUACUCACUCUCUUGUUUGAUUGCCAGCGCUGUCACGCUGAGAUCACGUGCUAGCCUAAAAAGAUCCUGUUCAGAUUUUGUCUUGUCCGGCUCCUAGUCAUUUUAUAAACAGACGAUACCAAUGAAACAAAAGCUGGAAAUCCGUCUGUGUUCGCAGGCUAUGUCUCUCACUUCGAUUGACCUUGUAUGCAGUCUUUCAAUCAGUGUACUUUUGUUGACUCUCGUUCUGAUUCCCCGUGGGAUCUCCAUGUUGAAGGCUGGAGACAUUCGUCUUCCCUUCUCGGGAUAGAAAUUGGGAAUUAAGGUAUUUUUUAGGCUAGCGCGUGAAGAAAUAAAGAAAAACGCUUUCAUACUGUGUCAUCGAAGACAUGUACUCUAGGUUUUCUGACCGGGUGAAAAUGAUAUUCUUUGAGGUCGAUAAGGCUUGAACCACGCCCAGAUUCUACUUCAAAUUUUCUGAUAUAAAUUCACGUCCCUUUAAG